AUGGACGUCGACACGGCAGACCAACCUGAUAAAGCCCCUCAAGCCUGCGUCUCCUGUCGAAAGCAAAAGAGAAAAUGCGACAAGUUGUUGCCCAGCUGCUCGUUGUGCACUCGCAUGUCCCGGCCUUGUGAUUAUUCGGAGACCGCCCCGAUUCCUACCUCUGAAGACUUUGCCAUGAUGCGACAGAAAAUUGCUGACCUGGAAGCCCGACUCGAAGGUCGACGCUCCGAGGGCUGGCAUGGACCGAUGCGAUCUUUCAGCAGGAGCCCGGGCACGGGCAGCGAGGCUGGCUUUGCGACCGACAGCAAUGUCACCUUCCCGCCUGCUUUUUUCCUCGACGCCGAAGUCUAUGCCGAAGCGCAGAUGACCAUUCCUCGACCCAACAUAGCGGUCCCCCCCGAGGUUGCGGCGACGGUGGGAGUCUCGAUCCUGGACAUCCAGGACAUUGUCGACCGGUACUUUGCCAACAUUCACACCUGGCUUCCUUUCAUCUCCAAGAAGCGCAUGCAGCUGACACUGUCCAAUCCCGCUCUGGAGCUCACUCUCGACCUAGCACUCCUCCUGCUGUCCAUGAAACUGGUCCUCCAAGUUCCCCAGGGGGAUUCCCAGAGUAUUCGAUCCCCGCUGUACAAUCUCACCAAGAGCUACGCCACGAUGGUGGAAUCGAGUGGAUUGAUGUCCUUACAAUUGCUGCAAGCAAACAUCUUGAUCGCGACGUACGAGCUCGGCCAUGCGGUCUAUCCAGCUGCUUACCUAAGUACUGGACACUGCGCAAGGCUAGGACAUGCUCUGGGUCUCAACGACAGGAAACGUGCUCCUCAAAUGUUGAAGAAGAAAUCGGGAGCGUGGGCGGAGCUAGAAGAGUUCAAAAGGACGUGGUGGGCAACAAUGCUGCUGGAUAGGUAUGUCAAUCUGGGUUCCUCAGGUCACCCUUUGUCUACCGAUGACCCUGUCCUCAAUGAAACCUUACCGGCAGACGACGACCUCUGGGACGAAGGCCACAUAACGACAAGUGAGCCCCUUUACGUGACCUCGCCCACCAAUGUCAAAGCCGGAGCGUUUACACGAACGUGCCAGGCGACGCACCUCAUGGGAAGGCUCGUCCGACUCCUCAAUGACAAAAUGCUUGAUGCCCCCAUGCGAUUUUCAGAAGCAAUCCAACUACAUCGGACACUGCAGGCAUUGGCAAACCUACUUCCCAACGAUGUCCAUCACGUUCCCGAGCGCUAUGGAACACCCUUGGCCCUCUGUUACAGCAGUCUCAUGCACCUGUGUGACCCCUUUGCCUGUACCGAGUCCAACCACGGCUUCCAUACUGUCGAAGAGACUGAGAUGCAGACAAUUGCAAUCGCAGGGCUGAAGUCGGUUGCAUCAGAUGUACUCCGUUUCAGCCAGCUGUGGCACAUGGGCAUGCUAUCGAACCCUGCGGCGGCAAGUCCUUUGCUUGGUGAUUGUUUAUAUUUUGCGGCGGCUAUAUACGCAUGGCUUGCCCAAGAAACAGGAGUAAGGGAAAUGGGAGACGCCUACCAUGUUCUCAGGAAGGUGUUGGAAACAAUGUCUUCCCGAUGGGCGGUAGCGCAGCAAUAUUUGAUUUUGCUCGACCUGAGUAAGGAGAAUCUAUAUGCGGAUUCGAUACUCGUCUGA